AUUCUUUCACUUGCAUCCAGUGGCAAACUCAUGCUACCCUCUCUCUUCUCACCCCUUCUACGGCGGCGGCAAUGAGCAACGUAGACACAAUUCGGCGCCAUCUUCGAGAUGUCGAGAGCGAUGCACUCCGAACACGCAUGGCCGCUGUUUCAAACCUCAAGGACCUCCUCGUGCAGCCUAACGUUGUGCGGUUUGUAGACGAACAGCUAUGGCGCCAGACCUUUGAGUCCCUUUUCCUUUGCUUUUAUAAGGAAAAGGCGUACGCUGAUAAAAAGGAAGCGGCAGCGCCGGGGAAGAGGAUGGAAUCAGUGGCGGACGUGAUACGAACGACUGUCGACCAUGCCUACACUCAAUUCUUAUCCAAGACUGUCAAGACGAUUAUUGACGGCUCAAUGAAGAGCAUGAGAAACCAAGGAGACCUUAUUCCGAGUGUCGCCUUGUCGUUCCUCAAAAUUCUGACCUGUUUGGCAAAGCACAGUCCUCAUGCAGACCACCUCCCUCGAGACAAGUGGACGUCGUUGGUGGAAAGAGCAUUCAACAUCCUUCUUGGGGACUCUCUCACAUAUAAAUUCAGCGACGACGCAUCACAAGAAAACGAUCCAAACACCCAGUCAUCCUCCAGGAGGCGAAAAUUGCAGAAUAGCCGUCGUGUUGUGUCUGCUUCCCCGGAACAGACACAGUGCGGUGAACUUCUCGUCUCACUUAUGCGUAUCCCCUCGGCAAACGAUUACAUCCUUAAUCCCGACACGCCUCUGGUUGCUGCAUCUAUCCUUGACCGAUUGUACCGAUACCUCGAGCUGUACUCUAAGCCUAGCUCAGACUACCUCAAACUUCUCUUGGCAACGCUCUCUCAUAUUGCGUUAAACCGCCGGGAUGCUACCAUAGAGUUUGCUCGAAAGGCGUGGGCACACUUGACGGUCUCUUCCGUUUGGGCUGUGAAGGAGAGCAAUAUGUUACCGGAUCUCAUUUCCGUUCUUCACGUCUUAUAUCCCUUCAUGACUGCCACAGACCCAGAUGACACUUAUGCUUGGACAGGUGACCUGUGGAAUACGCUAGAUAGGAUGAAAGACGCUCCUGGUUGCAAAUGGGGCGAGCUCUCAAUCGAAUCAUUGAGGCUGGGCUUCAAUGACUCGCUAUCCGAAGAUGACGAUGAAGAGGAGAAAAAUGCGGCUUUUGGGGCGCGGUCAUUUCGUGUUAGCCAAAAGUUUGGUCGUGUGCAAGCGUUUCUUUGGGCGGCACUAAAGCUCCAGGCCGAUGCUGUAGUGAAACUUUAUUUGCUUCGUGAAUCUAUGGUUUCAGUCGAUCGCAGUCGAAAGAAGCGGUCUCGAUUGAACCAGGAAGGAGAUGAGCGCGACCCGAUGAGCGAAAUUCUAGAUGAUGUAGGGCUCAAUCGCAUUCCUGCCUUUCAACGACUUCUGUUCAUCAUCGACUACCACUGGUCUCUUUUACAUGGCGAUCUCCAGAGGCAGUUGAUCACACUGUUGUUGGGAACUCUUCAGGUGGACGACAGUACGGUUCAGUCAUGGGCAUUUUUGUGCAUUGCCGGUAUAGCUCAUGCUGAUCGUCUGGAGAGUCGGUUUCCGACGUCGGGAGGCCCAUCUACUGAUCGCCCAUUGAUUUGCGAUCAGGGAGUUUGGGAGACAAUAUGGACGAAUGCCAUGCGGCGUGCGACAACCUCAGGGGUGUGCAGAGCCGCCUGUCAUGCUGCUAGAGCGCUAUUACUGCACGUUGACUCUCAUACUCACAAAUUCACCCACCCACCUCUCCAUGCUCCACAAAUCCUGGCAGAUAUCGAGAUGCUUACCAAAGAUCUCGAAGUCCAGGGCCCUAACUAUCCCUAUGACUCGGUAUGCUUAUUCCUCUCCCGUUGUUUGACCAUGGCGAGCCAAGACGUCCGGUUGUACCGUAUGCAACUUGAGGACAAGGUGUUGACUUGGCUGGUAGGGUGCUGGAAGUUAGGGCGCAUAGUUGACGGAGAGAUACCGUCCUACAUGGCUAAGGAUCUGAUGCAUCUGCUAGAGACUGUCUGUGGAUUUUCAAGACGAACAGAAGUCGUAUGCAGGACGCUGCUUCCGGUUUCUGAGCUUGUUCAGGUAGUCGAGCAGGAGAAACGGACGCAGGUCAUUCGAGAUUUUCUGCUGGAUGCCAAGUUGCCGCAGUUCGUCCCCUCUAAUGAGGGGAUGAAGGUUUCUCCUACCUACAUCUCGGAAGUUCUCCCGCAGGAGACUGCACUUUUAGACAUGGGUCAUCGACAACGACGCUUAUCCCAAUUCAUGUUAGAAAUACUGGAGCAUGUACACCAGAAGUGGAAGGCCCGGACAGAAGCGAAGCGGCCUCACUCUGCUACAGGUGUCCGGAUUUGUUUGGAUUUUGCGGUCAUAGCGCUCUGCUUUCAAUGUUCCCUCGUCCAUAAUGGCAUGAAGUUGGACAUCCUCACAGUGAAGCAAGCAGGGAAGGUCGUCGCCCUACUUCUGCCCUUGUUACGGGAGACCCCAUGGACGACGGCAGAAAAGGCGGUUGUCAUUCAGGCUUUGGAACCUCUGAUAUCCACAGGGGGGCCGCGUGCCAACGACAUUCCUUUUGUUGAUCUCUUGCCUCCGGACAUUAAUUCAGGAAUCAGGGCUCGGGUGCUGCAGGAUUUGGUGUCAGACCCACAGCAGUAUUUCGACCAGAAACGCUCCAGCAGGAUGGACUUUCAAAGAAUCAUCUGGCGUACUCUUGAACCUGAUCAUCUACAAGUCGUUAAAACCACAAUGCUUGACAUGUUGCGUAUCCUGGCUGGACACCAAUUACAGGACGAUGUCAUGGACGUUGACUUUGGCCCUGUCAGGACCGGUUCAAGGCAGCUGUCUGAUUGGGAUGACAUCACCAAUGUUCGUCUGAUCGCCGACACCUGUAUGUCUUUUUUGGCAACCGUUCCUAUCCUUCAGUCGUUAUCGGGAGAGCCUACUCGUGACAAUGAACUGUUGGACAUAGUGCUCAGUUGCCAAGAAGACCAUUCCGACCGAUUCAUUUUGCUUUGUUCGGUUCUUGGCGAGAAGUUUCGAUGCAAGACUCUUUAUCUCGGGGUCGAUGCGCUUCAGAAGUUCUUGGCUGGCAUCAUCGAUCUAUCUAACAAGUAUCCGUACGCAAGAAACGAGAAAUAUCAGUCGCUCAUUGGUCAUUUUUUGGAAUCGAUUCUUCUUAUCUGGAUUCCUAUCAAUGAAGCUGAUGGACCCGGUAGCGAGCAUGGUGUACGACUCCUAUCAGAAAUGGCUCAAGCGUUGAAGACAGGCACUAUCAAGUCUUGGAAAGUGCGUGAGAUACUCGUACGAUUGUACGAUAGGUUUGUGGUGGAGAACCACUCCCUCUCUGGAUGGCCAUUCUUCGAAGUGGAGGAAGACGAGCCCAACAAUUUUGUUAUUUCUCCGGCCACUCUCUUACCACUCAUGGUUGGGGAUUUUGAUAUACGUGUCCGUUUUCGAGCGGCAGUUGCCAAUGCGCACCUGUUUUCAUUUGCCCAGAAAACGGAGAGAGAUCCAAACGUAGUGUAUGCCGAUAUUAAAAGUCGUUAUGCAGUCAAUCUUGAUGACUAUGAAGGCAUUCUUACCCGGAUGCUAUCCCUGGCGAAUAUCAUCAUCGUCAGCUCGGCUGCACGACGGUUGUCAUAUUGGCAUCUCAUAGAACCCACGUUAUUUGAGGACACAUACACUUCACAUAUCGAGGCUAUCUUGCGUAGCGUUACGCAGAGACUCGGAUUAGUCUCGUCCUUUCAGCUCUUCGAAGCUUACGCAUCUUCGCUGGCAUAUUCUAUCAUCGUUGCGAAGAAAGAUGGCCUCAAAUUUCCUCCGCACAUAUUGGGGUACAAGAACCGCAAAGAGUGCGCGCUCGCUACCUUUCCCCUUUUUACUCCUUCCAAUGUAUUAGCGGAGACUGCCGGAGACCCUGCCACUGCAAUUCUCGGACAACGACAGUUCGAGAAUCAUUGUAAAGUGAUCCAAAAACCUAUUGCCGCUGGCAUACGAGAUUGUUUUGGUGAUAUCGUUGGUCAACACUUGUUGUUGAAGCCUCCUACGUCAAAUCCGGAUGAAGAUAUUCUCGAUUCUUUGCUGUUGCAAAGGAUGAGAGUCGAGAGCGUAUCUGCUUUUCAUGUUCUCCUUGCUUCCAAGCUGGACGCUGUUGUUUCAGCGAUCCUCCGUACCAUACUCGACUAUGAUGUUUCAUCCGUUGGGGCCAUUGCUACUGGUCUUCACAAUAUUGACGUUAAGAAGGGCAAGCGGGUACAGACCUUCAUCGCGCUGGUAGAAUAUCGCAGGGUGGAGAAUUUCAUCACGCAUCAGCCCACUCUGCCAUGCUAUACAAUUUCCACCAUCUUGCAUUGUCUGGAAUGGCUUCGAGGCACCGCCCCAUGGAAGGAACAUGAAAAGGCCCUGACGUACCACGUCCUUCAAGACCUUUUCGCUGGCAUUGAAAAGUCAUUUCUGGUAAACGAACAAGUUCGCCUCAUGAAUAGUAUUUGUGUGUGGGUUGCGUAUCUGCAUGAGGCGUUUGACAACGCAACACUUUUACAUGUCCUGAUGCGUGGAGCCAUAUCCCUGAUGUGCCAUUUGGAUCUUGCUCGUGGUGCUCAAUCUAUUCUCAAUUGGUGCUUCAUGAUGUAUCGUCAGCAGGUGCGGACUAAUCGCCGCUUCCCUGACAUUCUAAUCCGAGUCAGCCGUCUCGCGUACGAUUAUUCUUUAGCUGCCGAGCCUUCCACCAAGGAAUUGGGACAUGAUCUUUGUCAAUGGAUUGAUGAACAGGCUCUCAUGGUGUUUCGGGUCGCCCAGUUGGAGCAUCAAGUGCUGCUUGCCCUUCCAGCAUGGUCCGAAAAGCCCUCAGGAGACCUCGGAGAACUUUACACCGCGACUGGUGCUUUAUCAGUAUCACAUACCCUCAACGACAAUGCCAUAACGUCGAACAAAUUCAGGCUUGUAGUUGCGCUUAGCGAUCGCGCGAAUCAAAAUGGGUACGAUGAAGGCCAAUUUGCAAACACAGAUUUCUGGCGAUUGAAGGAAAGCAUUCCAAAGUCUGAUCGCCUGAAUCGUCUGGAUGUCGAUGCUUUCGCUAACCUACUCAUAUGGAACAAGGGGCUCAUCCGUGGGUUUGGAAGUGAUCUUACUUCAGGAAGGAAGCGGGAAGCAUCCCGGGCGGAUCCUUUUGUUGUCAUUAUCUCUUCCCUCCUGACAUUGCUUGAAGGAAGUGAUGUUUCUCGCCGCCAUGCCGCAUACCACACUCUGCGAGCUAUUGCUGGCGUCGCAGAAUUUUCUGCGCAGGAUAAAGGAUAUGUGGAAGAAGUUGGCUAUCUCCAAGAUUUUUCUUUCGAUCCGAUAUCCCGACCCACCGCUGACAUAAACGAACUCUCUUCGGAGGCUUAUCUAGAAUCUUCUAAAGAUUUUGUCUCAUGGAUAGGCCCUAUCUGCACACUCCUCAGCGACCUUUCGGCCAGUAAAAAUGCCUACUUUGCCCAAAUCAGCCCUGUUCUCCAGUCAGAUCUCCUCUUUGCUGAGGACAUGUUACCAAUACUCGUGCAAUAUCUCUUGCAGGGGUCAGAUCGUCAGAAGUACUGCGAAACUCUUUCUCGUUACUUCGAAUCGGUUCUUCGCUUCGAACACGCAGCAAUGCCAUGUGUGCGAUCCAUCAUCGAUAUUGUUCUUCAUCUACGCCAGAUUCCACCUCCUCAGCCAUCGAGCGACCUUCUUGCUUAUAAUAAAUGGCUCGCCAUCGACUUUGUUCUUCUGGCACGGAACGCAAUCACAUGCGGUUCGUAUACCACUGCUCUCCUCUUUUUGGAGCUUGCUGCCGAGAACGGGAGCCGAAAUCUCGCCAAAGAUCCAUCGGUCGAACAGAUAAUGUACAACAUCUACAGUAACAUCGAUGAACCCGACGGAUUCUAUGGGAUCAAGCCUCUAGAUCUUCGAGAAUUUCUGAUCAAUCGUUUUCACCACGAGAAUCAGUGGGACAAGGCAUUUCGUUUCCACGGCGCCGCUCUAGAGGCUGGGAGCAAAGACCCGCGAGAUAUGGAGGGCUUACUCCAAUCCAUUCAUUCAUUUGGUUUCAAUCAUCUUGCAAACAAGACCUCCCAGAAUUUCUUUGGGGAUAAGUCCACUUGCAUGAACUAUAAAUUAGGCUGGAGGACGGAAACAUGGGAUUUACCGGAACGAGAACAAGACCAGAACUCCGACGCGGCACUCUACUUUGCUUUACGUGCUAUCCAUGUCCAAAGGAAUGAGGAAGUCGGACAUGUCAUUGUUCGCGAUUCAAUCUUCCGAGAAAUGGAAAGACUACGGAAUUUAGGUUCAGAGAAUGUUACUCAGAUUCGAGAAGUGAUCCAGAAUCUAGUAUGCCUUUAUCAAAUUUCGCAAUCGACGUACGAGCCUUUCCCGACAUUAGUGUCGUCAAAGAACACUGAUCUGAAGGAAUGGGCUCGAUUCACGAAGGUUGAACCUGGUAUAGAAUUCCGGCUUGUGGAAAGCAUCAUGGCAACCAGAGUCUCCAUUGUUCGUUCAGUUCGACGACGAGAGGAACGUCAACAGAUGGGUGAUAUGACGUCUGAUUUCAUACAGACGUUGCGGGAAGUUGAAAAGCAAUGUCUCCUGCAUCUCUCACGGGCAGCUCGCAACGAACAGCAAGUACAGAUUGCUUUAAACUCCGUCAUUCACGCAGAAACGUUGAUGAACCCCGUUACUUUUGACGUAUCUGAGGAACUCGCCUGUGUUCUUUGGGCACAAAAUGAAGAAAAGCGCGCCGUGGAGCUCUUGAGGAGUCUUCGAGAUAGCCGAUCUGCUCCCUUGCAAGACGCUUCUAAGAUAGCCGCUAUGAAUGCAUGUCUAGGUACGUGGACCGCGGAAGCAUGCCUGGAAAAGCCAUCUGUCAUUUGGAGGGACUUCUUUCUUCCCGCCUCCGAAAUUAUCGCGAAGUGUGCGAAUCGGACAAACAGUGAUUCUUGCGCUGCCGUAUAUCACGCUUGUGCUAUUUUUGCUGCACAGCAGUAUCAGGCUAUCGUCAAGUCACCAGACAGUAUCCGGUUCAAAGUUUACGUUCAGCGCAAGCAGCAGGAAAUUGAGAACCGCACAUCCCAGAGGUUGAGGAGUGGUGCAGAGCUCCGAGAGCUGGAAAAGGCUAAGUUAGUCUUGGAACACGACACAGCGUAUUACGGGCAAAUUCUCCACGAGCGUGGCACAUUCCUUGAACAUGCCAUUACUAUGUAUGCGAGUUGCCUGGUCUUGUCUGAUCGGUUUGACGAUGACGCUCCCAUCCGUCUUUGCUCCCUAUGGCUUGCUAACUUUGACGAGGAGGAUUUGCAAACCGCUGUUUCAUCCGCCAUUAGACGAGUUCCCUCGCGGAAGUUCAUCUUCUUGGCUCAUCAACUCUCCGCAAGAUUAUCAGCCAAGGACAAAUCCCAGGGUCAGCAAACUCUGAAAGACAUGAUGAUGCGCAUGUGCACCGAGCAUCCGUUUCAUAGCCUGUAUCAAGUUUUCUGCCUGAACACCGAAACGGAUGGCACAACGAAAACCACCUCAUCUCAGAGAGAAAUCUGGGCUGAUCGUAGAGCCGCUGCCAUCGAAAUUUUCAAGAAGUUGACGACGAAAAGCCAGCCCAACAUCGUGAAGCGUACGCAGGAUGUCAAUCUCCUUUGUGACGUGUCGUUGGGGUGGGCCACUUAUGGUAUCAAGAAUGAUCCGCAGUAUGCAAAAAGUCCCUACAAGGACGGUCACUUUCCCUUACCUGUCGUGGAAGGACUGAAAAUCCUAAAACUUGCUGGUCCAAGGAAUGGAAGACAUCUCGAUGCCCCGAUAAUGACUGCUCAUACUCCAAUUGAUCUUACUAUGAAGUAUGAACAUUGUGCCUGGUUUAAUCAUUUUGAAACCGUCUUCUACACUGCUGGGGGCAUCAACCUUCCCAAAAUCACAACAUGUUUUGACACUCAUGGGAGGCCAUAUAAGCAAUUGUUUAAAGGUGAAGGCAACGAUGACCUGCGCCAGGAUGCUGUUAUGGAGCAAGUGUUCGAUCUCGUCAACAUCGUGCUUAAUCACGAUCGAGAGACCAAACGGCGAAGCCUCCAUGUGCGUUCAUACAAAGUGAUUCCCCUUUCAACCCAAGCUGGUGUCCUUGAAUUUGUCCUGAACACAUCACCCAUGCGCAGUUGGUUGGUUCCUGCUCAUUCUCGGUAUGGACCCAGGAUGAGUAAGGGAGGUCCGGCGGCACAGAUGUCGAAAGCACAAGCAAAAAAUGAUCUUCAGGGGAUCCUCGCAGAGUUCAACGAAAUCGUUGCUCGUCAUCUCCCUGUCAUGCGGCACUACUUUACAGAACGACACAAAUCACCAACAGCCUGGUUCACAAUGCGGUUGAAUUACACCCGGAGUGUUGCUACGACUUCCAUCGUUGGACACGUCCUGGGGCUCGGGGACCGGCAUACGUCCAAUAUUCUUAUGGACAACUCUUCUGGUGCGGUGGUUCACAUCGAUUUGGGCAUUGCAUUCGACCAGGGUAAGCUGUUACGCGUCCCUGAGCGGGUUCCGUUCCGCAUGACACCCGACAUGGUCGAUGGGAUGGGCAUCGCUGGAACUGACGGGGUCUUCCAACGAUGUGCCGAGGAAACGCUGCGAGUGCUCCGAGAAGGAAGCGACGUGAUCAUGACCAUCCUUGAGGUAUUCCGGUAUGAUCCGCUGCAUACGUGGACGAUGAGCGACUACAAGGUGAAGGCGGCCCAGCCAACCGAUUCUAAUCCAAAUGGAAAUAGUAUCACGGCGGAUCAAAUGCACAAGCCUUUGAUGGGGAUCGGGAUUGAUAUGAGUAGCGGCGGGGCAGAAGAGGCUGCGGAUCGCGCCCUAAGUGGUGUAGCGCGCAAGCUCGAAAAGACGCUAAGCGUGGCGUCCACUGUCAGCGGGCUCGUCACGGAGGCGAAGGACCCGGAGAAUCUGAGUCAGAUGUUUCCAGGUUGGCAGCCAUGGCUAUAAGGGUUAGGUUUACGAUACACUACAUAAUAAUUUCCUCUGCAUCGCUUCUGCAUUCAUCUUUUUUCUCCAUCACAAUGUAAACGAGCACGGUCCAGUCAAUAUAUGUAUCAAAUAGCACACUAACAACUUGAAAAAAAAAAAAAAAUCCGACGGCAACUUUAAUAA